UUUGCGGUAACAAAAAAGUGCCUAAAAAAUGCCAGUACGCAUGAAAGCUCGGUUAUCGUGGGAGGGCUUUUCACAAUUUUCCAAAGGCGACAAAUCAAUGUGUUAGCUGUUGCCAGCGCCGGAUAACCUUGAGUGGCUUGGUCAUCCAGAUAUUAAUUAAUUGGACUGGAAAUUUUAAUAAAUCCGAGUGAGUGAAGCUUUUGCUUUGUUAUCACUCAGCCGGCUUGGCCAUCAGUGAUAAGGUGACGAAAAAAACAGUACUGUCAUCUUUUUGGCUGUCACGCUACACGUAACAUGGAUGACAUAGUGCCCGAUGUGCUGGAUGCGGUUCCCGCUGGCACGAUAAAGGUCGUCUAUGGCGAUGGCCUCGAUCUGAAGCAGGGCAACGAGCUGACCCCCACCCAGGUGAAGGAUCAACCCAUUGUCAGCUGGUCUGGGCUGGAGGGAAAGUCCAACCUAUUCACCCUGCUCAUGGUGGAUCCCGAUGCUCCGUCUCGUCAGGAUCCCAAGUACCGUGAGAUUUUGCACUGGGGUGUGGUCAACAUUCCUGGCGGCAAUGUGGAUCCUUCCGGUGGCCAUCCUGUGGCAGCAUACGUUGGGUCUGGCCCGCCCGAGGGCACUGGCCUGCAUCGGUAUAUCUUCCUGCUCUAUCGCCAGGAGAACAAGAUCGAGGAGACGCCCACUAUAUCCAAUACUAUUCGCGCAGGCCGUUUGAACUUCAAAGCCCGGGACUUUGCCGCCAAACACGGAUUAGGAGAGCCAAUCGCCGCCAAUUAUUACCAAGCCCAGUACGAUGACUAUGUGCCAAUCCGAAAUAAAACUAUGGUUGGCUAGAUUUGUGAAUACAUAUAUCGGGCAGGAUUUCCAAUUCCCCUUCAAUAAAGUUUAACCAAUCGCUUAUCUCA